AUGGCGCAGCCCCCACCAUCUUCUGGGGGUGAACAGGGGCACCACAGCCAAGGCUGCAAGGACCUGGGCUCCAGCGUGGGGGCCCCCCCGAGGGGAUGGGACAGCACGGCCCGGCUCCCCCAGCCCCCCAGACUCCCUCCACCACACAGGGGUGACCUCCCCAGCUCCAAAUUGCCGAGCCCUCUCAGGUCCGGGGGCAGACGCAGCCGAGCACCGGCCAGGAAGGGCCUGCGGGGUCUGUGGGUGCGGCACCCCAACACCAUCAUCGCCAAGAGCCAAGAGCAGCCGGGGGGCUGGAAGAUGGCGCCGGCCCCGUGCCUCUGUCUCCUCUUGAGUGUUUUCUCAGCUCUGAUCCUGAAUGUCGGGGCUGAAAUCUCCAUCACCCCCCAGCCGGCCCAGCCAGCCGAAGGGGACAAUGUGUCGCUGGUGGUCCGCGGGCUCCAGGGGGAGCUGCUGGCCUACAACUGGUACGCGGGGCCCACGCUCAGCCUCACCUACCUGGUGUCCAGCUACAUCGUGAGCACGGGGGACGAGACCCCUGGCCCAGCCCACACAGGACGGGAGGCUGUGCGCCCCGACGGCAGCCUGGACAUCCAGGGCGCCCUGCCCAGCCACUCUGGCACCUACAUCCUGCAGACACUCAACCGGCAAUUUCAGACCGAGGUGGGCUACGGACACAUGCAGGUCUAUGAGAUCCUGGCUCAGCCCAAGGUCAUAGCCAACAACUCGGCCCUGGUGGAGCGGCGGGACACUCUGCGUCUGACCUGCAGUAGUCCCAGCCCGGCUGAGGUCCGUUGGUUCUUCAAUGGUGGCACCCUGCCUGUUCCUGUCCGCCUUGGCCUGUCCCCAGAUGGCCGGGUGCUGACCCGGCGGGGGGUGCUGAGGGAAGAGGCUGGGGCCUACCAGUGUGAGGUGUGGAACCCCGUGAGCAUCAGCCGCAGCGAACCCCUCAACCUGACCGUGUACUUUGGACCUGAGCGCGUGGCCAUCCUGCAAGAUUCCACCACACGCACUGGCUGCACCAUCAAGGUGGACUUCAACGGGUCGCUGGGGCUGUGGUGUGUGGCCCGCUCCUGCCCCGAGCCGCAGUACGUGUGGGCCUUCAACGGGAAGGCCCUGAGCAGCGGCGGCGCACAGCUCAACAUCUCCAGCAUGACAGCCGCCCACGAGGGCACCUACACGUGCAUCGCCAAGAACCCCAAAACCCUGCUGUCGGGGUCUGCCUCCGUGGUGGUCAAGCUCUCUGCGGCGGUGGUGGCCAUGAUGAUCGUGCCGGUGCCCACGAAGCCCACGGAAGGCCAGGACGUGACGCUGACCGUGCAGGGCUACCCCAAGGACCUGCUGGUGUACGCCUGGUACCGCGGGCCGGCCGCCGAGCCCAACCGGCUGCUCAGCCAGCUGCCGUCGGGGAACUGGAUCGCCGGGCCGGCGCACACCAGCCGCGAGGUCGGCUUCGCCAACUGCUCCCUGUUCAUCGCCAAGCUCAACCUGACCGACGCCGGCCGCUACACCCUCAAGACCGUCACCCUGCAGGGCAGGACGGACACCCUGGAGGUGGAGCUGCAGGUGGCUCGUGAGUGUGCGGGGUAG